UUUGGUGACGCAGCGCCUCAGCGCCUAGCAAUAUGAACCAACCGAGUGAUUCAUUCUAAAGUUAAGACAUGGCUUUUUCUUAGUUAGCGCUCAUAUCGACCUAAAAAUGCAUCUGACUUGCUUCCAUUCGAACCUCGGUAGUUUAGGUUAAUUCCUCUUUUUUAAAUGUUAUAAUCGUCCAGCCAUGAAGUUGCUGAAUAAAGACAUUGAGAAAGAUAAUGCCGGGCAGGUGACCCUGAUGCCAGAGGAGGCGGAGGACAUGUGGCACACCUAUAACCUGCUCCAAGUGGGGGACAGUUUGAGAGCCUCAACCAUCAGGAAGGUGCAGACUGAGUCCACUACAGGAAGUGUGGGCAGCUCCAGAGUCAGGACCACUUUGACGUUGUCUGUUGAGGCGAUCGACUUCGACUCACAGGCCUGUCAGCUGAGAGUGAAGGGCACCAACAUUGAAGAGAACCAGUAUGUCAAGAUGGGGGCUUACCAUACUAUUGAGCUGGAGCUCAACAGGAAGUUCACUCUAGCUAAAAAGUGCUGGGACAGCGUGGUUCUGGAUCGAAUCGAGCAGGCAUGUGACCCAGUGCAGAGGGCAGACGUGGCGGCUGUGGUCAUGCAGGAGGGUCUGGCUAACGUUGUGCUGGUGACCCCGGCCAUGACUCUGCUGCGAGCUAAAGUGGAAGUCACCAUUCCUCGGAAGAGAAAGGGAAGCUGCAGCCAGCAUGAGAAGGCAUUGGAGCGGUUUUAUGAAGCUGUGAUGCAGGCGAUACUUCGUCACAUCAAUUUUGAAGUGGUAAAGUGCAUCCUGGUGGCCAGUCCUGGGUUUGUGAAGGACCAGUUUUUCGCUUACGUCUUCAAAGAGGCGGUGCGACAGGACAACAAGGUCCUGCUGGAAAACCGACCCAAAUUCAUGCUGGUCCACUCAUCAUCAGGCCAUAAAUACUCCCUCAAAGAAAUCCUCUGUGACCCUGCGGUGACCAGCAGGCUCUCCGAUACCAAGGCAGCUGGAGAGGUGAAAGCCCUGGAAGAUUUCUACAAGAUGCUGCAGCACGAGCCCGACAGAGCCUUCUAUGGUGUUGCUCACGUAGAAAAAGCUGCUGACGCGCUGGCCAUCGACACCCUGCUGAUAAGCGAUAAGUUGUUCAGACAUCAGGACAUUCAGACACGGAGUCGUUAUGUGCGGCUGGUCGACAACGUAAGAGACAACGGUGGAAAUGUCAGAAUAUUCUCAAGCCUUCAUGUCUCUGGGGAACAGCUGACUCAGCUGAGCGGCGUGGCCGCCAUCCUGCGCUUUCCCAUCGCUGAUCUAUCAGACGCAGAGGAAGACAGUAGCUCGGGAGAAGACUGAUCUACAUUGAUUGGCCAAAGUCUUCCUCAGCAGCCGAAAAAACCCGGAUCCCCCACUGUCACAAAUCACACACCUUUGCAGUGAUUGUGUGUUUAGAAACAAACUGUUGGACCAUAGCAGGAUCUUUGCAUCAUUAAAACACCUGCUUUCUCUAAGUGGCCAUUAUUUUCCAGUGUUGAUAGAAUUGAUGCUUUUGAGGGCUAGAUUUAGCUAGACCAUCAUCCAGUUGUUGCCAAAUCCAGAUUCAAACAGAUUUUUCCCUUCAAAAUGUACAGAGACCUAAUUUUUCUUUGAGAUUAAACAAGAGAACCACAAUUUGUUCCA